AUGAAAUAUUCAGUUUUAAAGCAAUUGGCUAAUGAGAGGCAGUUGAAGACAAAUGACAAACCAGCUACAGUUCCACGUGAGGAUGUACAGGGUUUAUCGACACGUUAUCACGAGAAGAAAACUCGAAGAUUUCGUAGUGCAUUCACAACUGAUCAAAUUAAAUAUUUGGAAAAACAAUUUCAAAAAUUUCCAUAUAUCGAAAGUGGUAGUCGAAGAGCGAUUGCUAGUGUAUUAAACAUUCCCGAGAGGACUGUAAAGUUUUGGUUUCAAAAUCGAAGAAUGAAAGAGAAGAAGGAGUCUCUUAUUAAGGACCUAGUCGGUGAGGGACAAAGCAAAAUUAAUGGAAAUCUUAUUGAUGACAAGAUGGACGUCAAAACUUUUAAUUACCAAUCCCAUUCUGGCCAUUUGUCAUAUCAAUUGAAACCAAUAUUAGUAUGUCCAGAUAAAACGGAUAGCAGUUCCAGCAAUGUUAUAAAUUGUUCUAAGGAAUUUUCUAAAUCAGUUCAUGAAAAGCAGAGUAUUGAAGGGAGGAAUUUGGAAAACGUGAAAAUAUUACAAUCGAACCUUAUUAAAGCCGAACCGACCCACAUAAAUGGCACUACAAAUGUCAACUUGUUACGAAAAAAUAUAUGUGGAACAAAAUUACCAACAAGGAAUAUGCCAGUGAACCAGAAGUUAAAAAAUAUAAAAGCGAAAGACAGAAACCCUAUGGACUAUAAAUUAAAAUCUUCUUCAAAUCCAGAAGUUUGCCAACAGUAUUAUUAUCAAAUACCAAACGAUCAAAGCUAUGCGGCAUUUCGGGUAAAUCCAUUAAUCCAACAUCCAUCUGCACCAGGUAACAUUGUUUGGAGACCUGUGAACACAUUGUCUGUGGUACCCAACAUAAUAAAUCCGUCGCAAAUGAUGGCCUAUGAUAACAGAUAUUUGCCACUCAAACAGAAUCUUCCGAAAGAUCAGUGCAAAUGUAAUUGUAAAAUUAAUAAUACACAGGAAAUGUCCCCUUAUAUACCUUACAAUGAUAUAAAAUGUCUUAGAAAACAGCAAAGGAAUUUGUACAGGUAG